GCAGCUCAAACGACUGUUCAAGUGAACGGCUGUUUGCAUUCAUCAGAAGCUGUCGGAGGGAAAUCUGUGUUUCAAAGGAGGAUUUAUGGUCCGGAUUCAGGGAACAGCACCGGGUCGGGACAAACGGAGCCCACAGAGCCGAGCAACAGACAUCAUGGUGAAGGUCAGGCGAGCUCUACGGCUGGUGCUGGGCAUGCUCAGUCUGUCCCUGCUGCUGGUGGUGCUGGGGGUCUACACAACGACCCGAACAGAGAGCCUGAAUGUGACUGGCUACGCAUCUGGAGUUAUUCUCACCCUUGGAUCCUUCCUGGGACUUCUGGGACUCUGGCUGGAAGAAAACCGCAGGCAGCUGCUGACCGCUGCCAUCGUCUUUCUCAGUUUCGGGAUCGUCGUCUCUUCUGUGUGCUUGGUGAUCGACGGCGUCUGCAUUGCCUUAAAUAUGGACAUGCGGCCACUGACAGCAGGGAGAUGUCAGUAUUACAGCAGCGGCAACUGCUACAUCUAUGAGAAUUUCUACACUUCUGUGUCGUGUUGGAGUCUAAAGGAGUCUUGUACCAUGACGGUAAGAAGUGGAACCUGUUACUGCUGCGACCUGUAUGACUGCGCCAAUGGAGGCUACCUCAGCAACUACUAUGAAUUUGUUGGAGUAGAAAGCUGUGAGGAAGUCUUUACAGUGUACAUUUUAAUUUGGACCCUCGCCGGCCUCAACUUCGUGGCCUUCUUCACAGGAAUACUCACCACAGCAGUGCUGGGCAGCAUUAGAGAGUUGUGGAGCAGCAGCCCUGUGGCUGAUCCCUCUGAGAAAACAGCAUCUUCCCCAACAGCUCCUCUGCUGAUGGACGCCAAUAUACACACAGCACACCAGCUCCACCCAGUCAAUGGAGGAUCGUCGUUUUGCUCUUCAGCAGAGAAGGCCAACCCGCCUCCCUUCGCCCCACUGGCCGGCGUGCCGCCUUGCAGAGCCCACGGCAUGUCUGUGUGAGCAGCAGAUUCACGGGACGAUGCCUCGUUAUUGUUGGGUGCAUUUUAAACAGCAGAUGCAGCUUAAAGCGGACAUGCAGAAGUUUAAUGGAAAGCGUCUGCAGCUACUUUACAUUAUAUGCAAAGAAGAAAACAGCUUACCUAAAGCCUUUGAGUGUAAAAUGUUUGCAAAUGCAGUGCUUUGUCCUAUAAAUCUUUUCAUUGUGGACUUUGUGUGUAAAAGGCUUCUUUUUUCCCCUGACACCAGGCAGAGUUAAAACUUUGCGUGACCUAAAUGUCUCAUAGAAGAUAUAUCGCUGAUAUUACUCGAUGAUGAAUAAACAGAUUGA